AUGUCUUCCAACGUUUUCGGGCGAUUUGGCCCGGAAUCCAGAGGCACUCGCUCUUUCUACGAGCAGCUUCGCUCCCGUGACGAUGACGACGACAACGCUAGGGAUGAUGAAGACGUCGAACAACAAGCGGGGAUAAAGAUAGACGAAGAUAACCUUAGGCACGCACUUAACGACUUCAACACGGAGGACUUAGGCGGCGUCGAUAGCAGGAUCACGAUCGGAAGCGGCGCUUUCCCCCGGCAACAUCAGACGGGACCGUCACACAGCCCUUCGGCUCGGUGGAAAGGGCACGAUGAGGACAUUGACAACGACGUCCCAGCAUCACUACUAGUCGAGAACAACGACGCUGACCACGCCUCCCCGUCUAAGACGCGACGUAAUAAUGGUCGACGCAACCGUCGACACAACCCCCACGUCCCAUCAGCAGACCCAUACGAGCCUCGCACACAGGCGCAGUGGGCAUCCGCCACGGCACAGCAGCCACUUCACACCGGGGCAAACGACCGUCUUCCUACGGCUGUACAACCAAGGUCUUUAACGGGUGGUAGGGUUCCUGCUGGACCCAAAGAGAAGGCCAUGUGGCGAUGGGUCAAUACUUCCAACCUGGACAGCUUCAUGCGAGACGUCUACGACUACUUUGACGGUGGUGGGCUGUGGUGCAUUCUCUGCUCAAACGCACUGUGGCUGAUGGAGACGCUGUUUGUAACAGUCCUUUUGACAUUUCUGACACAGUGCGUCGAUUACAGCAAGGUGCCCCACAGCAAAUCGUUGGACCAAGUAGUGAUACCGCAGUGUACGGGGAGAAUGUCCGGAUUCUGGAGUUUAGCCAUCUGGCUGUAUUCAUUCUUCUUCAUCUGGAAAUCGGUGCAGUACUUUUUUGAGAUCAGACGAUUGAGCCAUGUUCGCUCGUUCUUCAUCCAUCUCCUCGAUAUACCCGAACAGGACAUGCAGACUGUAUCAUGGCAGGAUGUGGUAGCCCGUAUCAUGGCGUUGCGCGACCAGAACCCAAAAACGGCAACUAAUAUACCGCGAAGCCUGCGCCGCUUCAUGGGGAGCCAGUCGAAGGAGAGGCUAGAUGCACACGACAUCGCUAACCGUUUGAUGCGCAAGGAGAACUAUCUCAUUGCUAUGAUUAACAAGGAUCUUUUGGACUUGUCCCUGCCAUUCCCCCUUUUGCGAAACCGUCAUCUUUUCUCGAGGACGAUGGAAUGGAAUCUGCAAUUUUGUGUUCUUGACAUGGUGUUUAAUGAGCUGGGGCAGGUUCAGCAAGACUUCUUGCGCGCGGAUCGUCGCGGGGUGCUCAGCAAGAAGCUCCGGCAGCGCUUCUUCUUUGCUGGGUGCCUAAACCUGGUAUUUGCUCCGAUAGUCUUGGCCUAUGUGGUUAUUGUCUACUUUUUCACCUACUACAAUGAAUACCAAAAGGACCCCAAGCUGGCGACAGCCCACAAAUAUACUAGGCUCGCGGAGUGGAAGUUUCGCGAGUUCAACGAGCUGCCGCAUAUAUUCUACGAGAGAAUUCACAUGUCGAUUCCGUUUGCAACGCGCUACGUGGACCAGUUCCCCAAACGAAUGACGGAAGACAUUGCUCGGAGCAUCGCCUUUAUGACGGGUGCGCUCGCGGCGGUGUUGGCCGUCCUCACAGUGUUUGACUCGGAGCUGUUCCUCGGAUUCGAGAUCACCCAGGAUAGGACGGUUCUGUUCUAUCUCGGUAUCUUUGGUGCGAUCUGGGCACUGAGUAGGGGAAUGGUCUCAGAUGAGACGGCAGUGUUUAAUCCAGAGUACGCGAUACGCAACGUGGCAGAGUACACGCACUACAUGCCCGAGCAUUGGGAAGGGCGGCUGCACAGCUUCGAAGUCAAGCAGGAGUUUGCGGAGCUCUUUAAGAUGAGGGUGAUUAUCUUCCUGGAAGAGGUCAUGGGUAUCAUCACGACAUCGCUGCUGCUACUGAUUACGCUGCCCAAGUGCAGCGAUCAAAUUGUCGACUUUUUCCGAGAAUUUACGAUACACGUGGAUGGACUGGGCUAUAUCUGCUCUUUUGCCGAGUUUGAUUUCAAGAAGGGCAUGGGUGACGGCGCGCAGCAGGGCGCCGGACAUGAUGUCCGGGAAGAUUACUACUCGACGAAGCAUGGCAAGAUGGCAGCAUCUUACUACGGAUUUCUGGACAACUACGUCAUCAAUCCUAAGACGGGGAUUCCCGGGCAUAUCCCCCCAGCAGCGCGGCAUAGCUUUCAACCGCCGCCGGCCUUCCCAGGGCUGAACUCACCAACGCUUGCAGCCGAGAUGCAAAGCUCUCAUUUCCUACGGCCCGAGGGUGGCAGGACAAGGGACAGGAUGGCUGGCGGGCUGGGGCCGCAGCGUGGUCCUCCUCCGGCACCGUCACCCAUGGCAUCGAUGCUGCUGGACCCCCACCAUCAACCGUCGGGAGUCAACCACAAUGGCGGCCCAGCAGCAAGGAGCCUUUACGGAUCAGUAUAUCCACGCGGGGGAGGGGGAGGUGGCUUCCGGGGAGACAGUCAAAUCAUUGAAGAGGGUGCGGAGGUUGGUGUCGGACAUAGUCGGAGACUGGGGCCGGAGGAGGACGGCGAAGGGGAUCUGGGGGAAUCGGCGUGGCAGACGUCGCCUGGACAGGGACUCGGUCGCGAGAACAGUGCGGCCAAUGCCGACGAGCCGGAGGCGGGUGUUUUGGGUAUGAUCUACCAGUUGAGGCAGACGCAACGCAACCGAAGAGGAGCAGGGAUGAUCUAA